GAGUGGACUGUCUCGUCCCCUCGAAUUGCCUGCACAAGACGCUCGAAUCAAUCAUCGACUGUCUUUUCUCUUUGACAAAGUAAGAGAGAGAGAGCAGCGAUAAAAUUUCACGUUUCUUAAGCGUACAGGAUGUUGGAUUUUCGAACAACUUUGAGCUACGGAAUCUCAUACUCACUGCCGUGGGGGAAGAACUUGGCGUAGAUGUCCUUGAAGGAGUCCUCGUGAACGACGCCCUCGGGACACUCCUGCAACAGCGCAAGCAAAGCCGUGGCCGCACGUGAGCGAUAUGCGAUAAACACGUUAUACGUGUAAUAGGACCCGAUAUAAUGCGGCUGCCCCACACGAUACCCAGUCACGCGUUCGAGGCGUUCAGAUGCUCCGAGGAGACUCAGCUGCUCCCAGCGGAACUCGGUCGUACGCUUCGAGCCGAGGAUGAAACAUGGGACGAAGCUGGCUACACGACGACCGACGGCAGACAACAGCGUCGAGGACAGCAGCCGGAGGAUCUGAAGAGUUUGGCGCUUCGGGCUAUCGCUCGGGACUGGAGGAACAGACCGCUGCUCGAGGAGCUGCCCACCGAGGUCGAUCGGGAUCACCUACUGGAGAUACUUCCCCUCGACGUCCCCUUCGAACUCGCGAUCAAAGCUGUGCCCUACGAGCACUACUGGAAACGAGCCGCCGAGGCGAGAUGGAGGUUCAACGAUCCGUCGGGCCACGGGGACUCCUGGCUGCGGCUCUACUGCGAGCGUCACCUGUCCGAGUGGUUGGAACGUCUCGAUCCAGCCGCGUCGGUUCGUCAGCACGACGUCGACGACGAGUCGGCUACACCCGUCGAGCAUCAACCGCCGGCCAGACUCAGCUCGCACUGCGAGGCUCUGCUCGAGCUGCUACGCGAGCACGUGCGGACACUCAGACUCCGACAACUCGUGCCUCUCAGGGAAGUGCCGAUAAGGACGUCGGCGCCGAGAGACGGCGAGGACGAGGAGGAGUAUAAGUCGCCGCUGAAGGAGCCCGAGGUGCACCACCUGCCGAUGGACUUGCUGCUGGAGAAGCUUCCCAACGUCGGGGAGGUCCACGUGAACAUCGGGAUGAUCUUGUUGAGCGACGGCGUCGAGUGGCAGGACUUUACAUUCUCGGUGGAGGACAGUCGGAGAAUCGGCCGGGGCCUCCGAGGGCUCGAGCGUUUGAGCAAGUUCAGCCUCACGAGGAGCUGUCUGGAUAGGCCCAGAGCGGCGGCGAUACUCCAGGGACUGGCUGUUAGCCCGAGCAUAGAGGAGAUCGAUUUUUCCCACUGCAAAUUGGGGGAUGCGGGGGCGCACGCGAUCGGCGCGUUCCUCAGCAGGCGAGCCAGGACCGGACGGCUCAAGGUCCUGAGACUGCUGAACAACGGGAUCGGCCCAAGCGGCGUGGCUGGCCUCGUGCGAGGAUUGCUCGUGCCGAGCGACGACGAUGGCGAUAGUGCUGGAGCCGAGCUCAAGAGGACGCUGGCCAGGUUGGAGCUCAGGCUCAAUCCGAUCGGGGAUGAGGGGGCCAAGCAUCUGGCUGCGCUGCUACUGCGCUACCCGAGCCUGGAAUACCUAAACGCGAGCGGCUGCGGCAUGGCAGCCGAGGGCGGAAUGGGAAUGGCCGAAGUUUUGGCCAGCGGCACUGCCUCCGACAACUUUACAAGCGGCCUCGAGCUCGACUUCUCCAACAACGAGUUCGGAACGAUCGUUGGCGAAGCUUUCGAAAUCGUGGCCAAGUCCUGCCGUGCCAUCCGCGAGCUCGACGUCAGGAUGUGCGGCUUCCGCAAGGAGUCCGAGUACUCCAUCGCCGACAGCGUCGCCAGGAACCGGGCGAGCUUGAAGAAGGAGAGCUCGAGACUCUGCCCCGAGGACAGGAGGACGACGUCGAUUGGAAUACAGUCGUCGAGGGGUGAGGAACGAGUUCGGAGUCUUUUGCCGCCGAGGGAGUUCGAGGCGUUCCAGAGACCGCAGAGACACGUGAAUUAGCACUACACCGAGAGUUAUGAUAACGAGGACGAAACUGAGGAGGAGGACGAGGAAUCCACUCGAUGACGGAAGAGCAACUGAGAAAUCCCAGCUCAAUAAAAGCUCUUUAACUCAAUA